AUGGCCCUGGAUCCUCGUUUUUAUACCAACCUCCCCUAUGGCUCUGGCCCCAGUUCGCAAUCCUCCAUCACUUCCGGGCCCUCCGCCGCCACGGGGAUCACGAGCCCCUCCAUACGCUCGACUAUUGCGUCGGCUGCGGCCCUCCGAUCGACGGCCUCCAGUCCGUCUCUGCGCGCUAAAGAGGGCGUCGUGAUGUCAACCAAUCGUGCUGAUGGUGUGGCCAGUCCCUCGCCGGGAGGGAACGUCCGCGUUGUGGUCCGGGUGAGGAAUUUCCUACCCAGAGAAAUCGAGCGCAAUGCCGAAUGCCUCAUUACCAUGGAUCCUCACACGCAAAUGACCAAGCUACGGGCACCGCGUCUCAAACCCGAGGAUGAAGGGAAACCCAAAUCGCAGGCUCGGGGGAAGAUCCUGGAGGACAAGUCGUUUAUCUUCGACAAUUCAUUUUGGUCCCAUGAUCCGGACGACGAGAACUACGCCUGCCAGGAGGAUGUGUACAACUGUCUCGGGGAGGAGUUUCUCGACCACAACUUCGAAGGCUACCACACUUGUAUCUUUGCCUAUGGUCAGACCGGAUCCGGGAAGAGUUACACAAUGAUGGGCACCCCGGACCAGGCGGGUCUUAUUCCCCGAACCUGCGAAGAUCUCUUCCAGCGUAUCGAGGGUGCGCAGUCGCCGGAUAUCAGUUUCAACGUCCGCGUCUCCUACUUCGAGGUGUACAACGAGCAUGUACGCGACUUGCUCGUUCCGCGCACCGAUCCUCCUCACUAUCUUCGCAUCCGCGAGUCCCCGUCCGAGGGGCCCUAUAUUAAGGAUCUGACCGAGGCGACGGUGCGGAACUACGCAGAGCUCAUGAAGUGCAUGCGCAAGGGCGACAUGUCGCGCACGGUUGCCAGCACCAAGAUGAACGAUACCUCGUCUCGCUCCCACGCCGUCUUCACAAUCACCCUUAAGCAGAUUCACCACGACCUGUCCACCGACGAGACCACGGAGCGCACGGCGCGCAUCCGACUCGUGGAUCUGGCAGGGUCGGAACGAGCCAAGUCUACCGAAGCCACCGGCCAGAGACUCCGGGAAGGGUCCAAUAUCAACAAAUCGCUCACUACCCUAGGCCGCGUUAUUGCAGCACUGGCAGAUCCCAAGCAAGGUCGCCCCGGGAAACGCAAAGGCAAGGACGUGGUGCCCUAUCGGGACUCGAUUCUCACCUGGUUGUUGAAGGAUAGCCUGGGAGGCAACUCGAAGACGGCCAUGAUCGCGUGCAUUGCCCCGUCGGACUACGAAGAGACUCUCUCAACCCUGCGAUAUGCGGACCAGGCCAAGCACAUCCGCACGCGCGCCCGGGUGAACCAGGACCAUCUGUCCGCAGCCGAGCGCGAUAAGCAGAUUGCAGAGAUGGCAGAGACAAUCCGCACCCUCCAACUCAGCGUCAGCCUUGCCACGGCCAACCGGCGAGAGAGCGAGCUGCAGAACGAAAAGUUGGAAGAAUACCAGCAGAAGGUGGAGAAGCUGCAGCGUCUGAUGGAGGAGACGAAGAUGGUCAGCGAAUGCAAGAUCAAACAGUUGCAGACCGAAAACGAAGCCCUCCGCAAUCAUCUGAAACUGGCCCUGGAUAGCCUGAAGAACCCCAUCCCCCCGGUAACGAUCGAGAAACGCCGCAGCAGUCUCAGCACCGUUAAGGAAUAUGGCAGGGGGCUGUCCGCUCAGGGUAAAGAGAACCGCCCCGGGUCUCCCGUAUCGGACAUGGGGCCAGAGCCCGACUUGUUCUGGGAGGAUGAGGAUACGAUCUACGUUGAAGCCGAUCAGCUUGAGGCCCAAGAAAUGCAAUCGCACAUGGAAGAUCUGCUGGGGGACCUGAGUGUCUUCAAACGUAAACUGGCGUCCGACCACGAAAGAUUCCAAUCCACUGUGAGACGCGAGGGACGCAAACGUCGACGAGCACUGGGUGAUAUCCGGGUGAACAAUCGAUAA